AUAUUCCCAUACUCUCUCUCUCUCUCUUUCUCACCGUACCUGCCUAUUAUACCUACCGCCUGGCCUGCCUGCCUACCUGCCUGUUUACCCAACAAUACGCUCACUUUCAAAGGGGAAAAAAUAAAAUAAUAGUCACCCCAACAGACCGGGACAGAUACCACACACGCGCACACCCGCACGCUACCUUACCUUACACACACUCUCGCACACACCUGAGGCAACUUGACGCGACUUUGCAGCAAGAGGGGCUGGGGCAGAAAAACCGGCCUGAACUUUUUUUCUUAUCAUCUUAUUUUUCCGAACGAAAAGACGCCAGCCAGGAGCUGUCACUCUCGGAAAUUUCACCCUUCACUUCCCACACUCAUUCCUUGACACCCUCUCACUUUCACUUUCACUCUCAGACUCAUCUCACUCACGGAUUUUUCUGAUCCCCAUCAUGUCUGCUCAGACCACCGACACCGCCGUCGCGGCACCCGCCCCUGCUGUUGCUGCUGAGGCCCAGCCGGCCGUCGCUGCACCUGCCGCAGAGCCGACUUCGGUCGACGUUCCCGCGCCCGCCGCCGUUGCUGAUGCCACCCCUGAGGUCAAGCAGGAGAAGAAGACUGAGCAGCCCGCUGCAGCUGCUGCUGAGAAGACGGAGGACAAGGCUGAUGAGAAGGCCGCCGCCGCUCCUGCUGCCGAGAAGCCCGUUGAGAAGGCCCAGACUCCCCUGUCUUCGCUCUUUGAGAAGCUUCCCACCAUCUUGGCUGAGGCCAAGCACAACGAGAUGUGGGGUGUGCAGCUCUCCGACGACACUCACAUCCCCACCACCGUCAUCCUGCAGAAGUUCCUUCGCGCCAACGACGAUGAUGUCUCCAAGGCUGCUGACCAGCUCCAGAAGGCCUUGAUUUGGCGUCGUGACACUAACCCCGGCAAGCUUCUUGAUGAAGUCUCCUUCGAUGCAAAGAAGUUUGGCGAUCUCGGCUAUAUCACCACCCACAAGGACGCCCAGGGCAAGGAGAUGAUCAUCACCUGGAACAUCUACGGAGCCGUCAAGGACAAGAAGGCCACCUUUGGCAACGUCGAUGAGUUCAUCAAGUGGCGCGCUGCCCUUAUGGAGCUCAGCGUCCGCAAGCUUAACCUCGACAAGGUCCAGACCGCCAUCCCUGACGGCGGCGAGGACCCGUACCAGAUGAUCCAGGUUCACGACUACCUCAACGUCAGCUUCCUUCGCAUGGACCCUGCCGUCAAGGCCGCCUCCUCUGAGACGAUCAGAAUCUUCGCCAUGGCCUACCCCGAGCUUCUCAGCCACAAGUACUUCGUCAACAUCCCCGCGCUCAUGGGCUGGGUCUUCAAGGCGAUGAAGGUCUUCCUCGCUCCCAAGACCAUCGCCAAGUUCCACCCUCUCGGCUAUGGUUCCGAGUUGGGCGGUGAGCUCCCGGCCUACAAGGACUCGCUCCCCAAGGACUACGGUGGAAACGCUGAGAGCAUCAAGACCACCGGCCAGACCGUCAAGUUCGCAGAUGCUGAGGCCCCCGUCGAGAAGCCCGCGGCUGAUGCUACUGCUGCUCCCGUCGCCGCCGCGCCUGUUGCAACUGAGACCCAGCCUACCGCCGAGGCUCCCACGGCUGUCACCACUGAGACUACGGCUCCCGCUCCCGCUGUCGCUGUCAGCGAGCCUGGUGUCGCUUCUGAGCCCGUCAAGGCUGCUCCUGCGGCCACUGAGGCUGAGAAGACCGAGGUUCCCACCGUCGCCGACUUGAGCAUCAAUGACAAGACUGAGGCUAAGGAGGAGGCCAAGACUGUUGCUGCCUAAAGGAUAACUUAACGGCUUGCAUGGUUUGAUUCUCUAUUCGUGGCUUUUUUUCCUUUUGUUACAUGCCUUUGAAUCUGUGGGCUGGACCUCGGUUGGUUUUCGCGAGAACAUGAGAAUGAUGUUGUCGCAAGAGAUCCAUCGGGUUUUUAGGCAUCCAGGAUUUGCCCGCUCCGUCACCAGUAGAGGCAUAGCAGAAUCCUGGGUUUGCCCACUGCGUUUUCUCCUUGCGUUCAUGCCAUAAUACCCUUCUAGUGUGUGUUUGUGGCGUUGUCAAUUCGAAUUCAAUUAUUUCGAUUGAAGACAGGAAGGAAAGAAGGAUCAGAACAGAGAGACUAGCAGGAAAGGAUGGGAAUGUCUCCUCUUUAAUACCUAGGUUAGGAAGAAGAAUAAAAUCAGAUUCGACAG